AUGGCCAAUCGUAUCGCGGAUGAAGUUCUUGAAGAAGUAUCGUCUGACGAAGAGUUGCCUGGGGAUAGCGGAUGUGACAGUGAUCUAAGUGAACAUCCUGAGAUUCGCGUUGUAUCAAUUGCUGAACUACGCACUUUGAAUCGCACGAAACAUUGCAUGAUACAAUUUUACUACUCGACGGGUGGCGCCCUUGCCGUUUGUGCAUCAUGCAUGAUUGAACUUUCUGACAUCGAAUUGGACUCAAUGGACGCCGUUCAAAUGCACGAAACAAAUUUCCUCGAACAACUUGACGGACGUAUCUGCUCCAAAUGUCGCCAACCCAUGUUUGUCACACAUUUAGCGGAAUGUUUCGCUUGGUUGCAACGAUGCGACGCGUGUCUCGCGCAGCUCGAAGAAUAUUGUGUCGCAAAACGUCCUCGACUCACCGUUGGCUCUAGACAAUCCGUGGUAGCGAGAAUCGCGCGACUCGCGGGUGCAAAAUUACAGUUAGAAAGACGUUUCGUGCACGUUGGUGGCGAGUACGCGAGCACUAGUGCUGGUAGCAAAAAAUCGCUCGUGUGGCGCGAAAUCAACGCCGCGUUUAAGAACCGUAUUAGGACCGGAGCUGUAAUCAACACAGAUUAUAUUGAACCGUGGCAUUUUUUGGAGGAUGCUAGUGAUAUGGUGAUUGAGCAAGUGCGAGACGCUAUCGCGAAACACGUAAGUGUGAAAGUGAACACUGUAUUCAUCGGUGAAUUUGUGAACAUUCAUGGUGACCGCGACAAUAAAAGUAUCGCGACGAAAAAUCAUGAACUGUACAGAGCGUCAAAUUUACGUGAAUGGUACGAACAGUGCGUUAUCCAAGCGUUAUUAGCGAUGCUCGAUGAGUUUCAGGAACGUGAUAGUGGCUGGGCACUGUCAAGAAUACAGAACCUGACGGUUAAUAUAAAUAAGUUUAAUCCCAUGCACGCAGGAUGUUGGAUCGAAUUGCCUCAGGAAGUAAAGAACAAACGUGCGGUAAUUAAUGUGCGUUCGAAAGACAAUGCAUGUUUUGCGUGGUCGGUGGUAGCCGCCUUGCAUCCCGCCGAAAAUCAUGCCGACCGGGAGUCAUCGUACCCGCAUUAUUCGACUGUUUUAAAGUUUGAUGACAUACAAUUUCCAAUGAAAGUGAAAGACAUUGGAAAAUUUGAACGUUUAAAUGAUGUGUCGGUUAACGUAUACAGUACCGAAUUUGACAAAAAAGAAAAGAGACUUUACUUUGUACCGAUACGACUGACUGCUGAUAAGAAGGAGAAACACGUCAACCUUUAUUACGUGGAAGAUAAACACGAUGUCAGCCUCGGCCACUUUGUGUGGAUCACGAACCUGUCGCGACUGGUCAGCUCACAGCUGAGCAAAAACGAACACAGGAAAUUCAUCUGUGAUCGAUGUCUACAUUAUUUCCACUUAGAAGAAAAGUUGCUGUCGCACGAAGUGGAAUGCGGAAAAGUAAAUAACUGUGCCAUUUUGUUACCAGGAGAGGACGACAAGUAUUUGGAAUUCGAUAAUUAUAUUAACAAAGAGUACGUACCCUUCGUGCUUUACUCUGACUUAGAAUGUGUAUUGCGUAAGAUGGAGAACGAAACAGAAAACGUGUCGAGAUUCUCUAUCACGAUCAUCUAUGCUCUAUCAGCAUCACGAGGUAUUUAGCAUAGCAUAUUAUGUUAAAUGCUCGUACGACGACACCUUAUCAAAGUAUCACUUUCGCCGCGAUAAGAACUGCGUCGCAUGGUUCGCGAAAGAAUUAGAAAAUUUAGCGUAUGACAUAAAAGCCCGAAUAUCCGUCAAUGUUCCCAUGGAACAAUUAACUAGACAGCAGAAACAGACAUUUAUUAAUGCGACGCAUUGCCAUAUAUGCGAAAAAC